GUGUGCAUGGUUUUUGCUCUUCUUUUGUGUCCUGCGCCAGGUGCCACCCUCCCCACCUGACUGGUCAGGCACACCUGCAGCACCUUGGCAAUCAGGUGGAUUGCCUCAAAGCUGCAGGAAUGGAAGCAGACGGGGCCAGUGGGCCAAACCGCCAGACAGUGAGAAGCUGUUGGUCGUGAACGAGAGCUGUGUGCUGCGCUCUAUCUUCGACUUGUUCAUAUUCGCUCGUAGUGUUAACCCUUGGUUUUUUCGUUCUUGGCUUCGCUUCCAUCAGGAAGUAGUUUUGUGUUGACGUUGAUUUACUUACGCAGAAAUAAAUAGUCUAAGUUUACAAAUAUCUCUGUUUCUUUUCUUCUUCGAAACGCCCGGUUUUAUAUUUAAUUGUUGCCCGCCCCAUUUCCCCUGGAUGCCACAAGUGGGGACGUAACAAUUUUGGGGGCUCGUCCGGGAUUUAAUUUCGUUUUGAGAAAUUAGUAAAGAUGUUUGUAGUUUUUUUUUAGACUAUUUUGUUUUGAAAGCGGCAAGUCACUUCCGGUGGUUCGCAGUCAGUAUUAACGACGGUGUAUGCACAAUCUAGCCUUACCUAUUUGUACAGCAACUCCCUCAGUUAGGUAGAAGCGUCCAGCUGGGUUGCACGGCACCCUUCCAUCGGACACUUGUUUAUUGUUUUGCCUUUUUUAUUUGCGGAGCAAAUCCUGGGCGGGGAUCAAGUUCCCCGAAGGGGGUAGGCGUUUCGGGGCUCCGGCCGCCGAUGUUUCUGCCUUUCAAGUUGCCUCGAGCCCGGCACGCUCCAGAAGACAGACAGGUUAGUUCUUGGUAGGUAGGAUCUGGGGGAUGUUUGUUUGUUUGUCUGCGUUUGUUGGUUUGUGUAUGUAGCAUCCGGCGUGAGUGGUUCUGACUGUUGCCACGGAGUGAGUAGUACACGUUAAUUUGCUAAUAGCUUAGCGGCUAGACGCUACUACCGGCGUCAUGGCGAGUGGGUCAGUGUUUAGUGUGGAGGAGUUUGUGGCGAAACCUACGCUGAGUCAACUGGACCACUGUAGGAAAGCUGAUUUAUUUGCGAUUGCUGACCGCUAUGACAUUAAGGUUACAACUUCUCUCCUUAAGAAGGAGUUGAAAGCUGCCGUGGUUGACGGAUUAGUGGAAGGGGGUGUGUGUGGUUUACCGGCGACUGUGCCCGAGUCCGCAGGGGAGGUGUGCUCUGAGGCUCGGGGGGCGGAAGCGACUCAGCGGCAGCGAGACAUUUUGAACAUAACCCCCGGUGUAAAAUAUGGUGACAGGGACGAGAAGCAGUUUACGUUGCCACGUUUUGAACCAUUGUCCAUUGAAACGACCCCUGGAUCCAGAAUAGAUGCGCGGAUAAAGCUGCGUUUAGCUCGUCUCCAGCUGGAGAAUGGGGAACGGGAACGGGAACGGGAGCGUGAGUUUCAGCUCAAGUUGAAGCGGAUGGAAUUGGACGCAGAGACCGCGGUCAAAAUGCGAGAGCUGGAACUACAGUCUAGCUCAGUUUCGUCUGGUGCGCGGCCGUCUUCGUCAUCUACAACAUUUGACGUGAGUAAAAACGUUUCCUUGGUCCCCGUCUUCCGGGAGUCCGAAGUUGAAUGCUAUCUCGGUGCGUUCGAGCGCAUUGCUGCUGCCCUGCACUGGCCGAAGGAUGUAUGGGCGAUACUGUUACAAUGCAAACUCACGGGAAAAGCUCAGGAAGCUUGCGCUUCUCUUUCUGUGGAGGAUGGUCUCUCUUAUGAAAAAGUAAAGAGCGCAAUACUGCAGGUAUAUGAGCUGGUGCCUGAGGCGUAUAGACAGCGUUUCCGCGCUCUGAGAAAAACAGCAAGCCAGACGUACGCUGACUUUGCCAGAGAGAAGGGGAUGCUGUUUGACCGGUGGUGCUCAUCUUGUAAGGCAGAUAACUUCAAUUCAAUACGUGAGUUAAUGUUGUUGGAGGAAUUUAAAAACCAAGUGCCGGAGCGAACUGUUGUGUAUUUAAAUGAGCAGAAGGUAUCUACUUUGCAGCAAGCUGCUAUUCUUGCUGAUGAGUUUGCUCUUACCCACAGAAGCCCCUUUAUCAGGCGUGAUUCCCCUACUCAACAUGAAACUGCUUUUAGGUCCAGUGACACGCGUGUUCCACGUUUUAGUACAUCAGUCUCUGCACCUAAGGCAGAUAAACAAUGUUUUUUCUGUCAUAAAGCUGACCAUCUAAUUGCGGACUGCAAUGCGUGGAAACGUAAGCAGCAGGCGGCAAUUUCAAAGCCCAAGGGUGUGGGGCUAGUAAGAACCGUAACCAGUUAUUCACCGUCCCCCAAUCAAACAGUACCUGAUGAGUGUUUUAAACCUUUCAUUUUCCCUGCAUUUGUCUCGCUCACAGGAAAGGUGGAUGAUCAGCGUCCUGUCACAGUUUUGCGAGACACUGGUGGCUCCCAGUCAUUCAUUCUUUCCUCUGUACUGCCCUUGAGUACGGAGUCUGCCUGUGACACGAGCGCAAUUGUAAGAGGUAUCGGGAUGAGGCUGCCACCUACGAGAGAAAAGGAGAACUGGGCUGGAGACCUAGAAAAGUGUGAAGGUGGGACAGAGCCUGUCGCUGUUCAUGCGCUGCCACUGACCCGUGAGGCGCUCAUCAGCUCCCAGUCAGGUGACCCAUCUAUGAGAAAAUGUUUUGCAGCAGUUGAGGACCACGAUAAAUGCACUGAAGGUCAGUCAUUUUUCUUAGAUAACGGGGUGUUGAUGCGGAGAUGGACUUCACCAUUAGGUAAAACCAAUGCAGUUAGUGACUGUGGCUCAGUGUGUCAAAUAGUGAUUCCAGUUGCAUAUCGGCAGCAUGUGCUAGAGUUAGCUCAUGAUCAUCCCUGGUCUGGUCACCUUGGUGUCACUAAAACACACGACCGUAUUCUGAAGCAUUUCUUCUGGCCAGGAAUGAAGAAGGAAGUGACACGCUUCUGCAAAACAUGUAGUACCUGCCAAGUGGUGGGGAAACCAAACCAGGUUGUUCCUCCAGCCCCAUUGCAUCCUAUUCCUGCUGUUGGUGAACCCUUUGAACGUGUACUGGUCGAUUGUGUUGGUCCGUUGCCGAGGACAAAGUCUGGUAACCAGUUUUUGUUAACGGUUAUGUGCGUUACCACUCGUUUUCCUGAGGCCAUUCCACUGCGAAGAAUCACUGCACCUGCCAUUACACGGGCGUUAAUUAAAUUCUUUACCAUGUUUGGUUUACCGAAAGUUGUGCAGACUGAUCAAGGAACCAACUUCCUGUCAAUAUCAUUUAAACAAACCUUGUAUGCUCUAGGCAUCACUCAUUCAGUCUCUAGUGCUUAUCAUCCACAGUCACAGGGGGCGCUUGAGCGUUGGCAUCAAACACUGAAGUCUAUGCUGCGUAAAUACUGUCAUGAUACAGGGAGAGACUGGGAUGAAGGUGUCCCCUUUACACUGUUCGCCAUCCGCGAAGCCAAACAGGAGUCCCUGGGGUUCAGCCCGGCUGAACUUGUGUUCGGGCACAAUGUGCGUGGCCCACUUAAAGUGUUAAAGGAAAAGUUCUUGUGUAAUAUUUCUCCACAGACUACAGUUCAGGAUUUUGUAUCCCAAUGUAAGGAGCGUUUACGUAAUGCUUCUGCGCUGGCUAAAGUGGCACUCUACUCCUCGCAGGAGAGUAUGAAAGAACGGUUUGAUCUGAAGGCAGUUAAGCGUGAGUUUGAACCUGGUGAGAGAGUUCUGGUGCUGUUACCGACACCUGGCUCUGCCCUUACUGCCCGUUUUUCAGGCCCAUAUGUCAUAAAAAGCAAAGUGUCCGACACAAACUAUGUCAUUCACACACCGGAGCGCAGACGUAAGGUGCGGUUGUGCCACAUUAACAUGCUAAAAUCCUAUCAUUCCAGAGAGGCCAACCAGGGGGAGCAGGAAAAAACUCCGGAGACUGCUGCCCCUCGUGAAACAACUACCUCCUUGGUUUGUGUGGAAUCACUGCCUGACGAUGGGUUGAAUGUACUAGGAAGUGACCAGCAGAGUGGUAGGCUGUCUAACACAGAUUUCUUGGCGAAAAUAGACACCCAUUUGAACUAUCUCCCUGUAGAUCAGCAACGAGAUAUAGUCUCUUUGAUGCGCUCCCAUCCGUCCCUGUUUAAUGAUGUACCAUCUAGCACCAACGUACUAACACAUGACAUCGAUGUUGGUAGUGCGUCUCCCAUUAAACAGCAUGCGUACCGAUGUCCGUUAGCCAAAAGAGAGCUUAUGAAAAAGGAAGCUAAUUACCUAGUGGAAAACGGUUUAGCUGUACCUAGCUGUAGUCCUUGGAGUUCCCCUUGUUUGCUGGCUCCAAAAUCUGAUGGCACCCCACGCUUUUGUACCGACUAUCGGAAGGUUAACGCAGUUACAGUGCCAGACUCAUUUCCCUUGCCUCGCAUGGAGGACUGUAUUGAUAGUAUUGGGCCGGCCAUGUUUAUUUCAAAGCUCGAUCUGCUGAAAGGGUACUGGCAGGUUCCAUUAACACCCAGAGCCUCUGAGAUUUCGGCCUUUGUAACCCCAGACCACUUCUUACAGUAUACCGUUAUGCCAUUUGGAGUGAGAAAUGCGCCUGCCACGUUUCAGCGUCUAAUGUGUCUAGUGCUAGGAAAUGUCAAGAACUGUAAUGUUUACCUAGAUGAUGUCGUUGUGUACUCAGCCGAUUGGGCCAGUCACAUUACUAGCUUAACGGAAGUAUUUCAGAGACUUGAAGAGGCGGCCUUAACUCUUAACCUAGCCAAGUGCGAGUUCGGUAAAGCGAUGGUUACGUACUUGGGAAAACAGGUUGGCCACGGGCAGGUCCGGCCCGUGGAUGCUAAGGUCUCAGCCGUGCUGUCCUACCCGGUGCCCAUGUCAAGGCGUGAAUUACGGCGUUUCUUAGGCAUGGCUGGUUAUUACCGGUGUUUUUGUAAAAACUUCUCUGUGGUAGUUAACCCUUUAACCAGUCUGUGUAGUCCCAAGGUUCCUUUUGUAUGGAGUACUGAGUGUCAGUAUGCCUUCGAGGCAGCAAAGUCUCUGCUCUGCAGUGCACCUGUCCUGGCCGCACCUAACUUCUCUCGCCCUUUUAAGCUGGAGGUUGAUGCGAGUGCUUCAGGAGCUGGUGCUGUGCUGAUACAGGAUGGAGAGGGUGACGUGUGCCAUCCAGUAUGCUACUUCUCGGUCAAGUUCAAACACCAUCAACUUAACUACUCCACCAUUGAAAAAGAGACCCUAGCUAUGCUACUUGCACUUCAACAUUUUGAAGUGUAUGUUGGUGCCAGUUCAUCUCCCGUGGUUAUAUACACUGACCAUAACCCUCUUGUCUUUCUUGCACAAAUGUAUAACCACAACCAGCGACUGAUGCGUUGGGCCCUGUUGGCGCAAGGUUACAACCUGGAGAUUAAGCACAAGAAGGGGACUGACAAUGUGGUGGCUGAUGCUCUGUCCCGUGGGUGAGGAACGAAAAAAAAA